CCACCCGUCAUUGACAGAGCCGCAUAUAACCCACAGGCCCUCUUCUGUCAUCGCUCACUCGCCCGCUCUGUCUACCACCACUUUUCUCCUCGUCGACGAUCUCGUAGCGGCGGCGCACAUGGCGAGCGACGGCGCGGCGGCUACGCCGGCGAAGGUUACCCCAAAGAAGGCCAAUCUCCUCGACCCGUACUCCAUCAAGCACCUCCUCGACGAGACCAUCUCAGAUGUCGUGAAGAACAAGGGCUACACCGAGGACACGCGGCUAGGCAAUUGGAAGCUGGGCAUCGGGGCCGCCGUGAUCGCCGUCGCCCUCCUCGCGCAGUUUUACCCCAAGAAGUUUCCGCAGAACCGCGAAUUCCUCCUCGGCUGCAUCGCACUAUAUGUGGUGCUGAAUGUGGUGCUGCUGAUUCUUAGCUACACUAAGGAGAAGGAUGCCAUCCUCUUCACGCAUCCUCCUGCGGGUUCUUUCAACAGCACUGGCCUCACUAUUUCUUCUAAAUUACCAAGAUUCUCGGACAUGUACACUCUCACAAUAGCAAGUGCAGAUCCGCAGUCUAUCUCUGCAAACAAGCCAGUCCAUUUCACUAAGAGCGUGACAAAGUGGUUUACAAAGGAAGGAGUCCUUGUGGAAGGCCUGUUCUGGAAGGAUGUCGAGAAGCUGAUUGAUGACUAUAACAGCGAGCGCAAGAGUAAAUGAAUUGAUAGUUCGUGUCUCUAACCAUCUGGGGAGACACUGGCCGUCUAGAGAAAUCCCUUAAAGCUUAGCUUAAUCUAAACAGACAUUUUUGCUAUACUGUACUGGUUGACCAGUGAAUGAAUGCUGUUCUAGACAUAAACCUUGGUUCCAAGCUUUCUGUCGUGCCCAUACUCCAAAGAGAACUAUCUGGUCUGACUGGUCACCUUAUA